AUGCAACUUUCUUCCGUCUUCCUUGCCCUGGCCACCGUUAUGUCAGUCACUCAGGCAGCUUCGCUCCCCCUCACCGAGCAUGCAAGUGUUGGUGCUCUCGUCACCCGGCAGGUUGCACGCAGCGAUGGGCAGAGCAGAGUAACCAGGAGGCAGGACAACUCCGCCAAGAAAAAGAACACCGGCAAGGCCUGCACUGUGGGCAAGCAAAAGGGCAUCUGCGACAACGUUGGCUUCUGUUCGGUGUUCACUCCGCCCAACAUCAAUGAGCCUAUUAAGCAGAUCCCCUUUUGCCAGGAGCUUGCUUAA